AUGGCAUCCAUGGCCACCUUCUCAUGUUGUAGGCGUCCUUUAGGCUUCACAGAAUACUUUUUUGCCUUGACAACUGAACUAAAUAUACCCUAUUCACUUGCAUAUACAUGGCAGCUAGAAUCAAAAUCACCUCUGUCUGUUGACCUCAUCCACCAGGCUGCAGCACUGCUACAGGAAAUCAUGCCUUUACUACGCCUGUGUGUUGUUAAAGAGUUGGACGGCAAAUAUUUCUUUGAAUUAAAGGACACUGUGACUGUUCCCCUUGAAGUCAGCAAUGAGACAGAUUGGAGAAAAGAACAGGAUGAAAUGAUGAAGGUGGUCUACAACCUUAAAACAGGCCCUCUCUGGAAGAUGCGCUUCCUUCCAACAGUUUGCAGAGAGUUGGCUUUGGGAGACACCAGAAAGGAGGGCAACCCUUACAAAUCUGCUGUGAUCUUUGGUAUUGAUCAUGUACUUACUGAUGGAUUUACUAAUAUGAGUAUAUGUAGGCAGUUUCUAAAAAUCCUGAAUGGACUCAUUGAUGGAGGACAACCAGACAAAACUCCACACACUAAAAUAGACCCAUCCCUUGUAGAUUUGAUGCCUCAGAGUGAAAAGGCCUUUGGUUGGAUGGAUUAUCUAGUAGUGGCAAAGUUUAUUUGGAACACAAUGUUUUCUAAACCGAAACCAAACAUUUUUGCAGUGAGAUACCCUCUAGUUGAUACAUACCCAUCACAUACAUUCAGCAUCUCUACAGAUGGCCUUUCCAAGGAGGAAACCAGGCUCUUGAGAAAAAUGUGUAGAUUACAGCAGACAACAGUCAAUGGGGCAUUCACUGCAGCUGCAAGCACAGCCACUGCCUGGAUGAUAUAUGGCAGAAACAAAUCUCAAGGCGAUAUUCAGGAGAAUACAGUAGCUGUAGAGCAGACUGUCAACAUGCGACGUUUCUGUGAGACGGAGGAAGGGAAAAAUGCAUUGGGUGUCUUAUUUUUAUCGACUCUAAUUUCUGUGACACUGUCGCCCUCAAAUGACAAUCCUAAAGCUCUCUGGGAUGCUGCACGAAGUACGAGUUCUCAAAUGCACACAAUUUUUGAAAAUGGUGACUUGCUCAAGCAACUACGUCUGGCAAAUUACUUUGUACAAAAAAUGAAGGCUAAGGAUCUGAGGAGCAAUAUGAAAAUAUCAGCGGAGCAAAGAUGCUUUGCUAUUUCAAACAUGGGGGAUUGUUCUGGAAUUCUGUCAG